AUGGAAGCACACGGCACUUAUGGACCAAUCACCGUACCUCCUAGUUUGAAUUACUUCUGCGUUUAUAAUCCUACAUUUGGUCCCACAGAAGAAACACAAAAGGAUCAACUGCUUUAUUACACAGCAAGGAAGACCGUUCCAAUGGACGUUAAAAUGCGCCAAAUAGGUUUGGCUCAGGGUUUGGUAAAUUUCACAAGGGUAUUUUCACCAACAAAACCUUGUGAAAACGUUCAUACACAAAAAAAUAGGCUGAUGUUUUUUGAACCUGAACCUAAUUACUGGAUACACAUUUCGAUCGAACUAGGUCACGUAAAGAAAAUAGUUAAAGAUAAAGAUGGAAAGCCAAAAACAAUAACCGAUUACCUUGACGCAAAUUUGCAUGAUUCAGCAAUAAAGAGAAUGCUUGAAAUAGGAUAUGAGAUGUAUAAGAUUUUCAAUGGAACUUUUGAAAUGACAGUGCAGACGGCAGGUGUGAAAGAAUUAAAAAAUAAAUUAGAGGAAUGUUUCGCGAAUUGGGUCCUAGAAUGGGAUUUUGACAAGGCAGACAUAGCAAAGACAAUUGAUGGCAUUUUCUAUCUUCCACUCUCCAGCCCAGCUCAUACACAGAUUGCAUCUUUUGUGACACAAAUUAAAGCUGAAUACAGUUUUAUUUCGGAUGCAAUUAUACUAUGGCAGAAUAAGUUGGUAAAUAGUGACAAUGAGACGAUAACAGAAAAUGAAGUUAGGGAAUUAUGGAGAUACUUGGUUCCUUUAAUAUCCGAAAGAGAUUUACUCGAGAAGGAGUUUGAAAAGCGAAAGAAAUCUAAGGAUGGCGAUAAAUAUUCAUUUAAAGGCUUUACGCACAGUUUUUCUGGAAGUAAUCUCUUCUCAUACUUUUCAUCCACUUCUCCAAAGGCCACUCCUAAAGUUUCACCGAGUUCAUCGCCGCCUAAUAAUGCAUAUUUUUUUGGCAAUUCAUCAACUCCCCCUGGAACUCCUCAUUCUGCCAUUUUGUCGCCCUCUACUCCAACCCUUUCGUCAUUACCUAGUUUUCUGAUAGGCCCACAGAAUCUGCAAAAUGCUGGAGACAUUAGACCAUUCACAAUUUAUUUGUCUAAAAAGUCAACGGUAAACACAGACGCAAAAAGAAAUAUGGAAAAAAUACAUGGAAAUUAUGAAAAUGAUGAACAUUAUCUUUUGGUAUAUAAGCAAAAUUCCCUUACGGUUGUCUUAUUGAUACCGAAUUCAUUGGAGGGCUCUAAAAAUAUUAACGAGAUAGAGUUUUAUAGAUCGGUUCAUAACUAUCUAUCUUCACAUUCUGAAGAUUUGAUCAAAAUUGUGAACGAAGACAAUGAACAUUCGAAAAAACUUGGAACCGACAUCGAUAAGGAAUAUCGUUACUUGCUUUUCAACAAAAUUUCCUUGGCUAUCAAGUCUUCACUUUAUCCGUUCACCACUCCUAACAUACCACCAAAGGGUUUGACAAUCACUAGUGAAAUGGUGCAUUCACUAUGCGACUUGCAUGAAGAUCUCGAAAAGUAUCCGCAAAUGACUGAAAUAUGCACUAGAUCUUCAACUAAUUUCUGGAUUGUCGGCAAGAGAUCCGAAUAUCAGGUCCUAUAUGUUGUAGUACCUAAAAAGGAAGCUAAUCUUACGGAAGUUGAAG